AUGACUGCUACAACAAAAUCUUUUCCUUAUGAAGACCCUGAAAAUAAUUUUAAUACUGAUGUAAUUAACAAUGAUAACGAUGAUGGUAAUAUUCCUAGUAAUCAGACAAAUUAUUUAGAGAAUUUAGAAGCAGAAUAUAAUCAAUAUAAAUACUCUGAAUUUGAACCUAUAAAUAGCAACAACCACUACAAUAAUAACGGUAGUAUUAGUAAUAAUAUUCAAAAUUUUUCUACUAAUGUAGAACCACAUGUAUCGAAAUUAAAUGAUAUUAAUUAUGAAAAAAUUAAUAAUAAAAAAUUUCAAAAUACAAUCAUAUUUAACAACAAUUAUAAUAACCAGGUUAUACCAGAAUAUAAUGAAGCUCUUGUCACAGAAAAAGAAUACUUUAAUCACUCUUUGAAAAAUUAUUUCACUUUAAAAUCUGUCGGCGAUUAUAUAAAAUCUUUAUUCCCUAUAAUUCAUUGGUUGCCACACUAUAACUUUGUAUGGCUAUCACAAGAUUUAAUCGCAGGGAUUACUGUUGGUUGUGUCCUUGUGCCACAGUCUAUGUCUUAUGCUCAAUUGGCUACGUUACCUCCACAAUACGGAUUAUAUUCUUCUUUUAUUGGUGCUUUCAUAUAUUCCCUCUUUGCUACUUCAAAGGAUGUCUGUAUUGGUCCUGUCGCAGUUAUGUCUUUGGAAACUGCCAAGGUCAUUGCAAAAGUCUCAGAAAAAUAUCCAGAUGGUUCAAUCGAUGCUGCAGUAAUUGCAAGCACUUUAGCUUUAUUGUGUGGGAUCAUUUCUUUAGGGAUCGGUCUUUUAAGAUUGGGUUUUUUAGUUGAAUUGAUAUCUUUGAAUGCCGUGGCAGGUUUCAUGACAGGAUCUGCUUUAAAUAUCAUAUCUGGUCAAGUACCAUCUUUGAUGGGAUAUAGCAAAAAAGUUAACACAAGAGAAUCCACUUAUAGAGUCAUCAUCAAAAGUUUGAAACGUUUACCUGACACAAAAUUAGAUGCUAUAUUUGGUCUCAUCCCCAUGUUUAUCCUAUAUUUUUGGAAAUGGUGGUGUAAUUCUAUGGGACUUAAAUUGAUAGAUAAAUAUUAUUCAAAGAAUUCAAAACAAUACUAUUUUUGGAAAAAAUUCUAUUUUUAUGCACAAGCUUGCAGAAGCGCAUUCGUGAUAAUCGUCUUCACGGCAAUCUCAUGGCGUAUAACGCAUGGCAAGCCUUCUAAUGAUAGACCAAUUCAGAUUCUAGGGGAGGUCCCAAGUGGGUUACAUAAUAUUACAACAAUCAAAGUUCCUGAUGGUUUAAUGAAAAAUAUUGCUCCUGAAUUACCAGCUUCAAUAAUUGUGUUGUUGUUAGAACAUAUUGCUAUUGCUAAAUCAUUUGGUAGAGUUAACGACUAUAAAAUUGUCCCUGACCAAGAAUUAGUAGCCAUCGGUGUUACUAAUUUAAUCGGAACUGUGUUUCAUGCUUAUCCUGCUACUGGUUCUUUCUCUAGAUCGGCACUAAAGGCAAAAUGUAAUGUCAAGACACCACUAUCCGGUAUUUUCAGUGGUACUUGUGUUAUCAUUGCCAUAUAUUGUUUAACCGGCGCCUUUUGCUAUAUCCCAAAGGCGACCUUAAGUGGUGUCAUUAUUCAUGCUGUCUCUGACUUAGUUGCAACAUAUACUACUACAUGGAAUUUUUAUAAAAUGAAUCCAACUGAUUUUGUUUGUUUCUUGGUAACAGUUUUUAUCACUGUAUUCUCUUCUAUUGAAAAUGGAAUUUAUUUUGCUGUCUGCUGGUCAUGUGCUAUUCUUUUGUAUAAAGUGGCAUUUCCAUCUGGUCAAUUCUUGGGCCGUGUAGAGAUAGCUGAAGUGAUCAAUGCUAACAUUAUCCCUAAUGAUUCAGUCACUAUUAGCAGUGAUGAAAUUAGUGAGGAGGAUGAAAAACAGGAAGACUUCAAUGGCACUAAAAAACCAAGAAAAUUUUCCAAAACUAAAAUUUAUGAGAAGAACUCUACUUCAUUUUCUACAGGUUCCAUGGAUAAUUUAUUUUCCAAGAAAAUAAUUUAUCAUACCAAAUGGGUCCCAAUUGACCAUAAAUAUACGAAGGAAUUAAAUGGUGAGUUACAGAUUUUACCACCACCACCCGGUGUCAUAGUUUAUAGACUGAAUGAUAGUUACACAUACAUUAAUUGUUCAAAACAUUAUGAUACAAUAUUUGAUAAAGUUAAAAAAGUAACAAGACCUGGGAAAUUAUUACAUCAUAAAAGGAAAUCUGACCGACCAUGGAAUAAUCCUGGGGAAUGGGAAGCACCAAGGUUUUUAUCUAAAUUAUUUAAAGGUAACAAAAAUUAUACCAAUGAUCUAGAGAAUAAUAGUCUUCAAAAUAGUGAAACCAAAAGAGAUGAAAGACCAUUGCUGAAGAUCGUUUGCUUAGAUUUCUCACAAGUAUCACAGGUUGAUGCUACUGCUAUUCAAUCAUUAAUUGAUUUAAGGAAAGCAAUUAAUACUUAUGCUGAUAGACAAGUAGAAUUCCAUUUUACUGGUAUUAUAUCGCCAUGGAUUAAAAGAUCUUUGAACAAGUUUGGAUUCGGUGAUGUUAAUGAGACUUAUAGCGAUGAAUCCAUCAUAUCUGGUCAUGUAUCCUAUCAUUUAGCCAAGGUACCCAAUGAUUUAGAAUCCGGUUAUGAAGUUAGAGCAGCUACAGGCACCAACUUACCAUUUUUCCAUAUCGAUAUUCCUGAUUUUAAUAAGUGGGUAUUAUAA